AUGGGAGACCCGCCAGAGUUCCUGCCACUCAACUCCGUGCGUAGUCACGAAGACGAUAAGUUGGUCAAUUCGAUCCUACCGUCGUACCACAUGUUUCAAGCCACAAUACGAAGGAAGAUGGUGCCACAAGAGGAGAAUUUCAAAGAGGACCCUCCCACUUACGAGAUGUCGCCACUUCAUUCUGCUGGCAUAACCCCGAUUCCCUCGGGCAUUCAGUCACCACAAAGUGAAGGCGCCUUCAAUGCUUUCCCAUUCCCGAUCCAGGAUUCUGAGGAUGAUGAUGAGACAUUCAACCAGAGAAGUGCGGAUUUAUGGGAACAAACGGUCCUAGCAAAUGUCCACAAGCUCGACCAGUUGAGCGAGAAGAACCCAGCUUCGAAGAACUUGAAUGUUGAAGUUCACAUCACGAGCGCUGUCUGUCAAAAGGGUGUAAAGCCCAACAUCAUCGAUAUCUCGGACUACGAGUUCAAGCAAGGCGACUUCAUCCAUGGAUACAUUACUAUCCAGAACACAUCCACGGAGCCUAUUCCUUUUGAUAUGGUCUACGUUGUUUUGGAGGGCGAAUUGGCCGUGGUACAGGCAAACCGAGGUCCCGGGGAACCCUUUUACCAACCUACAGUAUUCAAGUUCCUCAAUAUGUUGGAUCUUUUUGCCUCGUGGUCCUACGCUAAUAUUGAUAGACUUGCCACAGACAAUGGUGACCCUCAUGAUUGGUGUUACGGUGAAACUGAUCCCUACGAUAACACCGUGCUUUCCAUAGACGUCAAAAGGCUUUUUCAACCCGGGGUCACAUACAAACGCUUCUUCUCCUUCAGACUUCCUGAAAAGCUCCUAGACGACAACUGUGAAAUCCACAGCUUAGACGUUCAUUGCCAACCUCCUCCAAGUGUUGGAAACCCAAGAAGUCUUAACGUUUACGCUCGGACGAAGCCUGAGGUGAAUGACCAAAAGCUCAAAGAUUUCUCUCUAAUAGACACUUUUGCAAGCUACAAAGUGGCCGCCAGAGUUAUUGGACGAGCAUCCCAAUACCUUAAUCGAGUUAACAAGGAUAGGUAUAUUCUUGCUGCCGACGUUAACCUACCGUUUAGGGUAAUUCCAUUUUCCGCUCGACCAGACUACCGAGAACAGUGGGAUCAGCAAGUAAGAGCCCUGUUCAAGGCUUUUGUGGAGCUGGUUGAAGAAAAGAUCAAGUAUGGCAAGCAAGUAUUGCGCUCGCGGGACGACGCAAACUCGUUGAAAAGUAUCUCCAACUCCAGCUCCACUUCAUUACCCAACAAUCUUACCCCAAUAUCAUCGGCUUUACAUCCUGUGAGACUGGGCCUGGAUCAGGAAAAGCUCAGGCAGCUUUACCGGGUCUCCGAGUCGAUGACAGGCAAAAGUACCUCGGUGAAAGUGAACGACUCGGCGGUAUAUCUGCAUUUGAGUCCAUUUAAAAAGAAGAGCUUCACAGGCUCCUCGAAGGUGCUCGGAGUUUUGUCGUUAUCGACCCCAAAAACGGAAUAUGCCAUUUCCUAUGUCCCACCUCCACGGUUCAGGAACCCAAUGCAAAACUACGAGACAAAGGUUCGCAUACCGUUAGACUUGACCUACUCGUUCGAGAAGUCUGCUACCAAUCAAAUUCCCCCGGAGCCAAAGAAGAUAAGCUGCGAGUUGGUAGUUUUGACUGCUCGCUCCAAGAAACAUUUUAUUCCCGUUGAGAUGAAUCACGAUAUGUGCUUCCGUGAACAGGUAGUAGAUGAUCUCAACUUGAAGAAUCACGGUGACGAGUACGACAAUCUAGACUCCAUCGUCAUACGUCCGUUCAACGACUAUUACAACACCAUUGUCAAACUCAUCAAGAAGAUUGGCUUCGAGAGCGAUGAGUUCAGAGUAGAGACACAGCUCUUCAAAGACAUCAAGAGUUUGGCAAUGCUACAGACAAAAAUUAUAAACUUGGUGGUUCCCGAUAUAUCCAUUGGUUCCAGUACAGACAAGAGCAGAGGUGUCUAUGAGCUGCCGGCCAGUGUCCCUUGGGUACAAGCCGAUUCAUCUCACUCGCAGUAUAAUAUCUACACAAAGAAUAUCGAGCUUCUUCUCGAUGUGAAUAGCUGCCAUAUGAAGGGAACGAGUCCUCCUCCACCAGGAAAGUCCGCUUUUGACUAUAUCUGUCUUGUCCCAGAUUUCCAACAGUGUCUUAUGGUCCGUUUCUACUACUUCCGUAUUUCUGUGAAGUAUGGAAAUGGCCUUGUGCAACUGGUAAAUGUACCAGUAGCUGUUAACUGCUAA